GACGAACCAAUCAGAACCACGUGGGCUGUGAUGAUGAGAGAACAUUUUGGUUUAUGACCAACCAUGUGGGUGCAAAUGUGGCAACUUGGAAGAUGAAUCACCGAGAAAAUAGACAUUGUUAAACUCUCUUUAUGAUGGCAGAAAGUACAGUCUUCGAGACUUCUGGCUCAGGAUUAAGUCAAGUGCAAUUUGGUCGGCCUUGGGCAGCGAGUGAUGCGAAUAAACAAUCGAUUGCAUUUCAUGUACCAUCGCAAACAUGGCAACAAAAUCACUUGACAAAAGAUCAACACAACGACAUGGAAAAUCUAGACCAGAACCUUGCUGAUUCAUUAAAUUCGCAACAGAAUGUUUUACCUGAGCCUCCAGAUGGAGGAAUAGAUGAUUGGAAUCCCAUGGAUGAAGACUUUGCUAGUCCUCAGUUUAAUUGUUACAAAAACUUUAAUAUCCUCGAAGCGGAGGAUCCUUGUGAGCGAUCCCCUGAGAAAAGCAUUCGACAGUCCCCUGACAAUCGUGAAGAGGAAGUUUCAAUUUACAUUGGAAAUAUUCCACUAAGCAUUACUAAUGAAGGUAUCAGAAAUUUGUUUUCUAAUGUUGGUGUUGUUCAGCAUUGUGCAGUUUUUCCACCCAAAGAUCCAAGUUAUGACACAAAAUAUGGGUUUGUCAAAUUUUCCACAUGGCGCGAGGCAAUAAAAGUAAUUGAGGAGUAUGAUGGUUUUUAUGUUGGUUGUGAAAAAAACCUGAUCGUUCGAGUAGCUCAUCGAAGACAUGAGACUGACGAAAUCGUUGAUUAUAAAGAUUUUGACAAUAAUUUGCCUGAUGAAACUGGUGAUGAUCAGUUAGCCAACAAUCAUCUACAACAUGAGGAUAAUAAUAAACUUGAUGAUGAAGCGUGGAGUUCCGAAAAUCAUGAGUUGAUUGAGAAAUCUUUGGUCACUGUGGGCAGGAAUCAAGAUUGUGUCCCAAACUCUCUGAACUGUAUUGACCAUGAAAAUCUUGAAAAACCAUCGUCCAAAGUGCUCAACAUUGUGUCCUCAGAUUCUUCUGGAACUGCUGAAAUGCCCCAUAAGAACGAAGCAAAAGUGAAACAGUCUGGAUCUACACUACCCAAGUAUCCUUGCACUAAUUGCAACAAGUUGUGCACAAAGAGAUGCUCCGAAUGCAAGGCGCCAUAUUGCAGCCGAAAAUGUCAAAAGGAGGAUAAAGCAAGACACAAAUUGAUCUGCACCUAUGCAGGAUUCAAAAAACCAGAACUCCCAAAGCAAGUAACUGUUGAACCUUACAACAACUUUAAAACCGAUAGCGAUUUUGACUGCAUUGACAUUUCUAUCGAUGCAACAACCAUGCCUGCGCGAGUAACUUCAGACAAAGAUUCGGAAAGUGGCAAAGAGCUUUUGAGUGAAACAUUAGUUGACAGUCUCGCCAGUGAAAAAGAAGAUAGCGCGACUGUAUUGUUUGAAAGGUUUGAAGAAUCCAAAACUUCUCCUGAAGGGGUGAUGUGUGACAGUAGUUCCAAGUUAUCAAAUGACGAAAUCUCGCAGUCGUUUUUGGAUAAGGAAUUUGUUGCCUACGUUUCUGCUACAUUUUCUUCAAAUAAUUUUUGGGCUGUUCCACGAACUCUCGAAUCUCAACACUUUUGUGAAUUGACUGCAAAGACGAGUAAUCUUACGGAAGGAAACCUUGAGAAACUCAAAGUAUUUGACAUUGGUGAUUUGUGUUUGACCAGGUUAAGUGUCGAUAAUUGCUGGUAUCGGGCAAGGAUAGACCAGUACACCUGCGGUGGUAAAGUACGGGUGAUUUUUAUUGACUAUGGGAACGUCGAGUUGAAAGAUGUCGGUGAUUUGUAUGAACUUCCUUCUGACUUUAACAAGCUUUCUCCACAAGCAAAGCAAUUUUCUCUGUAUGGUGUUGAUCCCGCGCUUAUCGUGGGAAUGGAGCAUAACCUCGAGAAAUUGCUGGAAAAUCUGAUCUGUGGGAAAACAUUUCUCUUCGAAUUAGUUUCCUCUUCACCAAACUCAAUUCCUCAAGUCAUUUUGAAAGAAAGGGGCUCGACGUCCAGAGUCAGUGUAAACGAAAAGAUCAACAGCAUUGUACAACAAUACUCCGUAGAUUCUCAGCUACAUAAGUGCGCUGGCAAUUCAAACGGUAGUUUGGAUGAAAGCUCCAACUCUGUUGUCUCGAAGAUUAGUGACCACCAACAACGAAUGGCAUCCGAAGUUCUUCCUGACGUUCUGCCGUCUUCAAAAUCCUUUGAUGUAUUUAUUUGCCAUUUUGUCGAUCCUUCUCUAUUUUGGGUUUGGUUUAUAGAUACCGCUAGAAGCUUGUUUUCUCAGUUAUCUACCAUGCUUAGCGCUGCGUAUGAAGAUUCGUCAUAUACUGAAUUUAUACCGUUUGCAGGCGAGCUCAUCGCCGCAAAGUUCACUGAUGAAACUUGGUAUCGAGCCAGCGUCGACGUUGUCAACGCAGAUUCUACAGUUUUUGUCACUUUCAUUGAUUUUGGCAACUCGGAGACAGUUUUGAUUCGAGAUACUAGACGGAUCACCGACUCCCUGGUUUCCUUUCCAAAACUUGCCACAAAAUGCUCUCUGUAUGGUGCUGCGAGCUCUUCGACAAAUUAUUCCAAGGAAUGUGUUCAAUUUGUCAGCAACAUGGUGUUAAAUAAGAGCGCAUUAGCUACCUUCAAAGAACGCUCCAAAGAUGCUUUGAUACUUCAUAUAGAAAUGGUUGUAAAUGGUGAAAUGUGUUCGGUUUACGAGGAAAUGAUGAAAGCAGGAUUUGUUGUUCGUGACAGCCUCGUUACCCAUGGCAACGAUGGGCCAAUAACGUAUUCGACAUAUGCCUCUCGCGAUGAAUUGACCGUCAAUGGACGAGAUGUGAGCUGUACAGAGAAAGAAAUCCCGCUCAAUGAUCAAUCGUGUCAUGUCAUGCCUUCAGAUUCAAUAUCUACACCAUCAACAGCUUUCGAAAAUGGUAGUGUCAGACUCAGAAAUGAAAGUCCUCCCAUUGCAGAUGCAUCAGUUUUGACUUACUUGAACGAUUGCACAUCUCUUAAUCGGCCAAAGCAAGCUGAUCAAAGCAAACAGUUGUGUUUAGCUACAAGAAAAACACAAAUCAUUACGAAACCUCUUGCAGAGAAUACUAACUCUAUGCCUUUGCUUCGGCCUCCGAUCGUAUCAUCCUUGCCAUUUGACGUCGUCGUCAGUUCAGUUGUGUCGGCUGAUGAAUUUUUUGUUCAGAUAAUUGAUGACGAUUCCUUGUGUCGACUGCAUGAACUCGUGCGCAGCCUCAACGAGUAUGUCUCGAUGAAGGAGCUGCAACCGGUUAAAAAUGCUUCGUCGAACAACUUGGGAUGUGCAAAAUUUAAAGAGGAUGAGAUUUGGUACAGGGCACAGAUAAUCCAGAUCCAAAAUGAAAGCUACACAAUUCGCUUCAUUGACUUUGGUAACACACAAGUUGUGUCUUCCAACGAGUUUCUUGAAAUUGCAGAAUCUUUUUUUCAGUUUCCUCCGCUGUCGUUGUGUUGCCGCCUUGGCUCUAGGCAUCAAAUAUGGGGAAAACACAGUCGAGAAUUUAUGGAAAAGUUAACAUUAGAAAAACGGCUCUCCUGUAUUGUGUUGCCCGAUUCGUCCGAGUCGACGUUUUAUGUAAAAUUGCAGUAUGCCAUCAAUAGUGAAGUUGUGGAUAUUGCCGAAGAGCUAAACAAAGAUAUGGCCGGUUGCCCUCCCUUGUGGGUAACUCAGACAUCCAGACAUCCGAGCAAUCUAUUUUCCUGUGCUUUGCCUUCUUCCUGUAAAAGCCAAGAAACAACACAAGAAAUCAAAACUCGUUUUAACGAAAACAUUUUGAGCCCUGCCAUUCUUGCUUCUGGGAUUAGGGAGCUUGGACAAGUGUACGAAAUAAAAGUUACUUGUUCAGGCCAUCCUCAUUCCUAUUGGGUGCAAAACGCAACAAAUAUUGCUCGCAUCCAGGUACUUCAAGACGAGUUAAAGAAACAUUACAUGAAUAGCAACCGUUCUUCAUACAAGCCGGCCGUUGGUUCAUUUUGCUGUUUUGUCGACGGCACAAACAACAAUGUCUAUCGAGUUUACGUAAAGUCACAAACGCCCGAAGGAUUUGUUGUCCAUAGUGUUGAUUUUGGUUUUCAGAUUUUGCUUCAGGAAAACAGUUUCCGUCCCCUGGAAGAAAAAUUUCGUUCUCAAGCCAUUGGGGCUGUUUUAUGUAGUUUGGAUAGAGUGGCGCCACUUUACGGAAUGGUCUGGUCGAAUGAAGCUAAACUUUUUUUCGGCAAGAAGGUUACUGGGAAUAUUUUGAAGGCUCGUCUCGUGUACAUUAGCAAGACCAGAUUGUUUUUGGACGUUUACGAUCGCGAGUCACGUGAUGAAGUAGCGCUGUCUAAAUUACUCGUCUCGUUUGGUUUUGCGAAGGAAUUUGUGGUAGCCGAAGGCGCGACUUGUGACAUUGCAGGAAGUCACGAAACCUAUGUGUCCCUUGCGCAAACUAAGGUCUCUCCUACACAAGGUAAUGUGCACCCUGCAAAAGCGAAUGUGUCACCCAUACAUGGCAAUUCUCCCUCUGCUCAUCAAUUGUCCUCAAUAGGUAACAAUUUGUACGAAAGUCAGCGUUGUAAUAUCACGGCCAAAAACAAAGAGGUUACAAAUUUCCAUCAACCAAAAGUUGAAAAUGGGCAUCAUAGUGAUGUCGAUGAGAAGCUUACGACUAUAAUGAACAAUAAUUUAGCUAUCGAGAACGGCGUUUCGGGAUCAACAUCCAUCGAAAAGAAAGAAAUUUCCGUGUUUACCCUUUCCCAUAACAAACGUAUGGCCACUUCUGCUGCAAAGAACGAAACCCAUCUGUGUUUCAACGGUACAAGUUCAACGUCACAUCAAUCUCUCACUGGCAGCGCUAUCACUUUAGAUACAUCAACAAUUUGCGUUUCUUUACCAACGGAAAAUGAAAUUCGCAUUUUUGUUUCCUGGGUUGAUUCCCCCAACUGUUUCUGGGCUCAGUUGGCUGUCUCGGACAUUGCUCAAGCCUAUGCGAAAAUGGGUGAACAAUUAAACGCCAAUUUACGUAAUUUACACGAUAAGUUGCGCGAUGUAGCAGUUGGCGGAUGCUAUGCCUCUCUUUUUGAUGGUGAAUGGUGUCGUUGCAAAGUUGAAGCUAUUUAUGAAAAUGGAUGCGCACGCAUUUUAUAUGUUGACUUUGGGAAUCGUGAGACGGUCGACAUAGGGUCAUUGAGGGUUUUAUCAAAAGAUUUCAAAGUCAUGUCGGCUCAAGCUUUUAAGUGUGGUCUUGCUGGUGUGAAAGCAGGCGUCGGUGGUUGGAGAGAGGAAACUUCACAUUGGUUCAGAACUUAUGUAAUGAACAAGACUUUUCGAGCCGUAGUUGCCGGAAGUGCUAAUGAUGUCCUUCUUGUUGAUCUUUACGAUAGUCAAAAUGUUUCUGUGAGGUCUUUAAUGAGACAGUUCGCUUCGUGACGAUGUUUUUCGAAAUAGACUUAUGUUUUGCUUCGUUUUCUUACAGACCUAGAGAGAUUUUUAUGACUGGUAAAUAGUCUGUGGCCCGCCUUGACUUGUAAAACGAGUGUAAUGACCAAAAUCUGUGUAAAUUCCAAAUGUACAAAUGGGGAUUUAAUUGUAUCACAUGGAAUAUUCUUCGGGCAUUCAAAGCAUGUUUCGUUCAUUCAUUCAUCAGCUAUGUAUGAACGACUUGUGUGCCUGUAGUUUAUUUUCAACGCUGGAUGGCGAA